AUGACCGUUACCCUCCGAAGCGUCUCCCGCAUCAGCCGCAAGGCUGUUGCUGGCAUCCGCAACCAAACAGUGCGUCGCCUUGCCACUGAGGCUGCCACAUACGGAGCCGUUCGAUCCGUCAUUGGUGCCGUCGUCGAUGUUCAGUUCGAAGCUGGCGCACUCCCCUCCAUCUUGAACGCCCUUGAGGUUCAGGGCCAUGAGGGUGGUCGUCUUGUGCUGGAAGUUGCCCAGCACUUGGGAGAGAACACUGUCCGCACCAUUGCCAUGGACGGUACUGAAGGUCUUACUCGUGGACAGAAGGUUCUGGAUACCGGUUCGCCUAUCCGUGUCCCCGCUGGACCCGAGUGCCUUGGUCGUAUCAUGAACGUCAUUGGCGAGCCCGUCGACGAGCGUGGUCCCAUCAAGACCAAGCAGCAGUUGCCCAUCCACGCCAACCCUCCGGAGUUCGUUGACCAGUCGACUGUCCCCGAGAUGUUGGAAACCGGUAUCAAGGUUGUUGACCUUCUCGCCCCCUACUCCAAGGGAGGAAAGAUUGGUCUUUUCGGAGGUGCUGGUGUCGGCAAGACCGUCUUGAUCACCGAGCUCAUCAAUAACGUCGCCAAGGCUCACGGAGGUUACUCCGUCUUCUGCGGUGUCGGAGAGCGUACUCGUGAGGGUAACGAUCUUUACCACGAAAUGAUCACAGCCGGCGUUAUUCAACUCGACGGCAAGUCCAAGGCUGCCCUCGUGUACGGACAAAUGAACGAGCCUCCAGGAGCCCGUGCUCGUGUUGCCUUGACCGGUCUCACCAUCGCCGAGUACUUCCGUGACCAGGAAGGACAGGACGUGUUGCUUUUCAUCGACAACAUUUUCCGUUUCACCCAGGCCGGUUCCGAAGUGUCUGCCUUGCUCGGACGUAUCCCCUCCGCUGUCGGUUACCAGCCCACUUUGGCGACGGACAUGGGUCAAAUGCAGGAGCGUAUUACCACCACGAAGAAGGGUUCCAUUACUUCCGUGCAGGCCAUUUACGUGCCCGCUGACGAUUUGACCGAUCCCGCCCCCGCUACCACCUUCGCUCACUUGGACGCUACAACCGUGUUGUCCCGUUCUAUCGCUGAGUUGGGUAUUUACCCGGCUGUCGACCCCCUCGACUCCAAGUCCCGUAUUCUCGACCCCCGUAUCGUCGGUGACGAGCACUACAACAUUGCCACCGGUGUGCAACAAAUCUUGCAAAACUACAAGUCUCUGCAAGAUAUCAUUGCCAUUCUUGGUAUGGACGAAUUGUCGGAAGAGGACAAGCUUACCGUGCAGCGUGCUCGUAAGAUCCAGCGUUUCAUGUCUCAGCCCUUCACCACCGCCCAAGUUUUCACCGGUUACGAGGGUCGUUACGUCUCCCUGGCUGACACAUUGAAGUCGUUCAAGGCCAUUCUUGACGGCAAGCACGAUGCUCUUCCUGAGGCUGCCUUCUACAUGGUCGGUGACAUCGAGGAAGUCGGUCGCAAGGCCGACGAGCUCGCCAAGAGCUCUGCGUAA